AUGGUGGAGAGCCCUUGCCUCCUUGCCACUGUUGGAUGCGAGAGCUGUGUGGAACUGCUGUUUGUGAGAGGGGCUGGGAAUUGCCAGGAGUGCGAUACCCCCCUGCGGAAGAGUAACUUCAGGGUACAGCUCUUUGAGGAUCCCGCUGUCGACAAGGAAGUGGAAAUUCGGAAGAAAGUGCUGAAAAUAUACAAUAAAAGAGAGGAUGACUUUCCCAGUCUAAGUGAAUAUAAUGAUUUCCUGGAAGAAAUAGAAGAAAUUGUAUUUAACUUGACCAACAAUGUGGAUUUGGAGAACACCAAAAGGAAAAUGGAGCUGUAUCAGAAGGAUAACAAAGAAGUCAUUCAGAAAAAUAAGAUAAAACUGACGCGGGAGCAGGAAGAGCUGGAGGAAGCUUUAGAGGUAGAGCGACAGGAAAAUGAACAAAGGCGACUGCUCAUACAGAAGGAAGAACAACUACAGCAGAUGAUAAAAAGGAAGAAUAAGCAGGCACUCUUGGAUGAUCUGGAGAGCUCCAGUCUUCCUGCUUCACUGCUUUUAGCUCAGCAUAAGGACAGAUCUGCUCAGCUAGAAAUGCAGCUGGAAAAACCCAAACCUGUAAAACCAGUCACGUUUUCCACUGGCAUCAAAAUGGGUCAGCAUAUUUCACUAGCUCCCAUUCAAAAGCUAGAGGAAGCUUUGUAUGAGUAUCAGCCUCUGCAAGUGGAGACAUAUGGACCACAAGUUCCAGAGCUUGAAAUGCUGGGAAGGCUGGGGUAUCUCAACCACGUACGAGCUGCCUCGCCGCAGGAUCUUGCUGGGGGCUACACUUCUUCUCUUGCUUGUCACCGAGCCUUACAGGAUGCUUUCAGUGGUCUUUUCUGGCACCCCAGUUAGCCGGCGCACAUCAGCCUGUGAUCGAGGGGCACCGAACGGAGCGAGAAGCAAAUCAGGCCAGCAAAGGUGGGGUAAAAUUGCUGCCAUCUGCACAACGGCUAAGCUGCAGUCACUUUUCUGUGUCAAACCAGCUGUGUUUAGGUGUUAAAGGGGGGAAAAAGAAGAAAAAGUCUGCACGAGAGCUUUGUAAAAUGGUAGAUACAUUUUUGUGGAGGGGGAAACUCGUUAGUCAUGUGGCACUUUGCUGAGGGAGGCUGAACCAAUAAGCCACAUCUAAUGGAAGAUGUGAAUAACUCAGCUGUGUAUGUUUGAGGUUUAAAGAAAUACACUUGUAAAUUUUUUUUCAAUAAAGCCAGACUAUUUUAUUAAAGUUUGUGGUUUUACUCUUAUUGCAGGGUUUUAUUUGCACAAGCAUUUAAAUGCCAUUUUGAUUAUAACAUUUAGCGUCAAUAUUCAAGCCU